GCAGCCCCGCCUCUCUCCCAAAAUCGAGACUAGUGUUCAGAAACAGCUGAUCGUGCGAGGCAGAGGAGCAUCACAGUCGCAAUGUCAUCCGAGGAGCUCGCACGGAAGCUGCAGCGCAGGCUGGACGCCGAGCAGCGUGACCCCAAACCCGGCUCUCCGGCGCAGACAGGAGCGGACGAAGAGCAGCCGCCGCCGGUGAGACCCAGCACUGCCAUGAACGGCGACGCCAGCUCUGAACUGACGGAGAAACUCACCCGCAGGCUGGACAUCCACGACGGCACAGCGAAACCCAAUCAGAUGAAGGUUUUCAACCCCUACACCGAGUUUAAAGAGUUCUCGCGCAAACAGAUCAAAGACAUGGAGAAAAUGUUCAAGAGAUUUGACUCUGGUAAAGACGGCUUCAUUGAUCUGAUGGAACUGAAGCUGAUGAUGGAGAAACUUGGAGCUCCACAGACACAUCUGGGCUUGAAGAACAUGAUCAAGGAGGUGGAUGAAGAUUAUGACGGCAAACUCAGUUACAGAGAGUUCCUGUUGAUCUUCCGGAGGGCCGCCGCAGGUGAGCUGCAGGAAGAGAGCGGUCUGAUGGCUCUCGCUCGACUUUCAGAGAUCGACGUCUCGACCGAAGGCGUUCUUGGAGCGAGGGACUUCUUUGAGGCAAAGGUUCAGGCUCUGUCUGUGCGCAGUAAGUUUGAAGCAGAGAUACGAGAAGAACAAGAAGAGAAGAAGAAGAUGGAACUGGAAAGAAAACAACGGCGUGCUGCAUUUAAAGAGCUGCAGUCCACAUUCUGCUCCUAAAACUAUAGUUCAGCAGAUCUACGCCUUUUAGAGAGCAGUUUACUUGCACACAAGCACAUACACGCAUGCACACACUGCUUCUCCAACCUCACACCUAUGUGUAAUCAAAACCACAGCCGAACACUGAACAAGUAGCAUUAGCGUUAUUAGCCGCUUACAGCUGUCCUGAAAUAUGCAUGAGGAAUUUGUUUCGUGGGUGAUGGCUGUGGAGAAGACGAGAUGACGCCAGUGAAAUUUCAGGAGACUUCUAAUGUAGGACUUAAACUCUAAUAGACUAGAUCUUUUUCUUUUUCUUUUUU